AUGCUAACCCUAACCCCCUGCACCCCCACCGACGCCCCGGCCCUCGCCACCCUCCACACAACAUGCUUCAGCUCCCCCUUCGAGCAGCGCGUCUGGCCACCCGUGCCGGAGAUGCACGCCUGGUGGACCGCCGUGUUCGCGCAGCGGCUGCGCUCCCCGCGCACGUGUUUCAUGAAGGUGGUUGAUUCGGAGCGCGGGGACGAGAUGGUGGGGUUCGGGGAGUGGGGUGUUCCCGACCCAGUUCAUUCGGGUUCAACGGCUUCAUCGCCUGGAUCUGGGGGGAGUGGGAGCGGGAGUAACAGUGGCGGGAGCUGGGAGGGUGGGGAUGGGCACGAUGAUGCUGGCAAUGGCAUUGAAGAUCCACAAGAUCAAGUGAAGCAGGGGGAUGAAGAAGAGGAAGAAGAAUAUCCCCCCCUCCCCGCAUGCGCAGACGCAGAGCUCUUCGGCACCAUGAUCGCGGAUCUGAAGGGGAAGAUGCAGCAGAUUAUGGGCGGGAGGGGGUUUUGGUACAUCAGCCUCCUCGCCACCAACCCGCAAUACCGCCGGCGCGGCAUCGCCUCCACGCUCAUGCAAUGGGGCAUGCAGGAGGCCGACGCCGCGGGGAUGGAGAUGUUCGUGGUGUCGUCGCCCAUGGCGAGGGGCGUGUAUAUGAAGUAUGGGUUUGAGUUGGCGGUGGAGGGCGAGGGGGUGGAGGGCGAGGGGGUGGAGGGGAUGAGGCCGUGGUUUAUGGUUAGGAAGGCGAGGGGAUAA